AUGAGAGCCCUGGUCGAUAAUUCCGAGUAUCUCAAGGCCAUGAAUCCAUCUGCAGUGCUGGGCUGGGGAGUGGAGACUGGACUGCUUCCCAGGGAGUGCUUGCCAUGGAUUGGGAUCUGGGGUGGGGUGGGUGGGCACGGGUUGCUCAAUGCUGUGACUCUCCCACCCCUGCAGCUCUUGGGGGGUGAGAAGCACCAGGAGAGCUGGCAGUCACCCCGCUUUGACUACUACGGGGCUGAGCCCACCGCACCGGACCUCAGCGAUGCUGAGCUGCCCCACGUGCUCGAGAUCUAUGAUUUCCCCUCGGAUUUCCGCACCGAGGACCUGCUGCGUGUCUUCUGCAGCUAUCAGAAAAAAGGCUUUGAUAUAAAGUGGGUGGAUGAUACACACGCCCUGGGCAUUUUCUCCAGCCCCAUAACAGCACGCGAUGCCCUCAGCACCAAGCACCUGAUGGUGAAGACUCGCCCGCUCUCCCAGGGUACCCGCGCCUCUAAAGCCAAAGCCAGGGCAUACGCUGACUACCUGCAGCCGGUCAAGGAGCGCCCCGAAACAUCGGCCGCCCUGGCAAGGCGGCUGGUGAUCGGUGCCCUCGGGGUACGCAGCAACCAGACGCCCGCCCAAAGAGAUGCCGAGCGGAGGAAGCUGCAAGAAGCCCGGGAGAGGAAACGCUUGGAGAACAAGCAGCGGGAGGAUGCCUGGGAGGGCCGGGAGUGA